AUGGCCCUGACCAUCCACCGUGACCUCACCAGACCCAGCUUCCGUGGUUGCUUCCAGCUCACCCUAGUCUGCUUGGCUGACUCCCAGCCCCCUGCCCGCCUCUCCAGGCCACACUCAGAGGGCUAUAGCAGCAAGGCCUCAAACUCCACUUUCCAGCUUGCACAGCAGCCUGGACACCGGCACCACUGUCCCAGUCCCCCCGUGCCACUGCGAGAUGUCUGUUACUCACUUCCCAGCAGCAGCUGCAAUGGGGAAAGGCUUGCACACCUCACGUGCAGGACACGAAAGCCCAGCUGGACCAGGGCUUCGCUUUUGACCACAUGGAGUCUUCCAGCCACAGCCCAGCUCACCGUUGAUGCCAACCCACUUACUACCACCCAAAGUGAGAAAGAUGUUGUUCUGUCUAUGUUUGACCCCCGGCUACCCCAGACCCAUGGCAGAUUCAGAGUGCUGGCCAGACCCACCAUUGCAGUCAGCCAGGGCACUGCCACAGAGCAGAGGGAGAAUGUGACCUUCUCCUGCAACACCCAGGAUGCCAACGUUACCAUCCACUGGGUCUUCAACGAUCUCCCCCUGGUGCCCCACGAGCGCUUGCAGCUGUCCACAGAUGGCAGGACCCUCACCAUCCUCACCGUGCAGCGGGAAGACUCUGGGGCUUACAGAUGUGAAGCCCGGGCUUUCCACCAGGUCCAGAGCAGUGACCCCACCUUCCUGACUGUGAACUAUGGUCCUGACCCCAUUGGAAUCAAGUUGGAGUCUGGUGUAUCCAGAGGGGAGGGGGUUGAGGUGAUAGAGGGCUCCACUGUGACUUUCUCCGCAGAAACACAGUCUCACCCGACCCCUGCCUACACCUGGGUUCUCCCCUAUGACUCCAUCCCACCUCCCACCACGAGAACAUUCACCAUCCAGGCUGUUUCCAGGGAACACGAAGGCAUGUACAGGUGCUUGGUGUCCAACAGGGCCACCCACCUGCUUCGCUUGGGUGCCCUUAAGGUCCGAGUCCUCGAAAUGCUGACCAAGCCUCGCAUUGUGUCCCCAAGCCUGAAUCUCGUGGAAAAUGGCAGCUCCGUGGCCCUGACCUGCCAGACCUCCCAUGAGGGGGCCGGAGUCCUGUGGUUCCUGAGGGGCCGGGCCCUCCUGCCCAGCGAGCACCUGGUGCUGUCAGCUGACAACAGGAGACUGACCAUCCGCAGGCUCCAGCGAGAUGACACAGGACCCUAUGAGUGCGAGGUCUGGAACCGGGCCAGCCGGGCACGAAGCGAGCCCCUCAGCUUCACCAUCAGCUAUGGCCCUGAUCGCGUGGACAUCACCAGAGGGUCUGCGUCUGGGGCGGUCAGCACCGUCAAGGCAGAGCUCAACUCCAGCCUGACCCUGCAGUGUCAGGCGGAGUCCCAGCCGGGCGCCGAGUUUCACUGGACCCUUGAACGCUCCACCACUGUGUACGCGGGGCAGCAGCUGAUCAUCGGGCCCCUGACCUGGGGGCAUCAGGGAAUCUAUAACUGCACGGCCUCCAACCCCCUGACCCACCUGGCCCGCUCUGCCUCGGUCAUGGUCCGAGUGGUAGGUCCCCAGUCAUCCCUGUCUGCAGGAGCCAUUGCUGGCAUUGCCAUCGGUAUCCUGGCUGUCGUUGCCCUGUCCACAGGGCUGGGCUGUUUCCUCUACAUCAGAAAUGCCAGACGGUUCUCAAGGGAAAAAGCAGAGGACCCCCGCCAGGAGGCAGCAACAGUCACCUCUGAGGAGGAGCCCCAUACAGAGGCCUCUUCCGAUUGGCUGAGCCCCAUGUAUGCAAAUUUACCCAAACCUCAAGGACAGGUUGGAGUCAAAAAGAUGCUGCCACCAGACCCCCUAGAGCAAUUUUAUGAGAAGGAGCCACCAUCAGCAACUCUUGGAAACUAUUCUCCUGGUCCCAGAAAACCAUCACCCAAAGUUGCAUUGGAUCCAUCAGUCCCCACUCCACCGAAAGGAAACACAGAAUCAAACUAUGAGGUGCUUGUGAAUCCAGAACGCAACAUUUACAGCCACAUCAACCCCUCAGUCUAAAGGAAG